GCGGCGCGGGGAAAGCGCGCGCGGAGGGAGCGAGAAGCCGGCCCGGCGUAAAGCAAGGCACCAUGCGAAGGGCCCGCGUUUGCUGGACGCGGCCGCAACAGCGCCCGCCUCCGGCUACAGCAUUUGCCCAGGGCGGCGGCGGCAGCAAAGCCUGUCGCCCCAGCCGGAGAAAGCCCGGGCCGGGAACGCCCUGGAGCUUGCUGCUCGCCCUCCUCGCCUUUGGGGUGAGCUCCUGCAAAGGUAUACCAGUGGCAUCUCAUGUUCUCCAAGGAGAAAAAAUGUGGAAUGAGACAGAUGAUAUAUGUUCUGCUUACCUGGCCAGAGAUACUCUGCCGCAGCUAUCCAAUGUACUUGGAGAAUUCUGCUUUAUGAUUCUGGAGUUUCUACAGAAAGAUAAGGAGUUAGUUGAAAGGGGUAAUGCUAAAAAGCUAUCGGUCAUGCAUCCUUUGCUGCGACUUAUUCCCCAACUUCAUGAAAGGAGACAGAAGAGAUACAACGUGGACGAAGAACUUCGAAUACCUGGAGGAGUUCAAAGUAGGGGGUACUUUAUGUUCCGACCACGGAAUGGGAGGAGAUCAGCUACUUUCUAUUAAAAAGGAUUGUUCCUUCUUGGACUAGUUAUCAUUUUUAGAGCUACAGAAAAAAUGGACAUCUUACGUGCUAUUAAAUGUCAAAGUUUUUUUUUUUAAGAUAUUCUAUCCACAGUGCAAAAUUCUUAUAAUUAAAAAUGCGGAUCUUCUGCAUGUUUACUCACAAGAAAGCUAUUGUUUAGUGGGGCUUACACUCACAUAAGUGUCCACAGGUUUGCAACCUAAAGUGCAUUUUUUUAAAAAGCAUCUUAAGAUAAUUCUGUUCCCUCAUGUUACAGUUUUUGAAAUGGUGUGUAAUUAAGCUAUAAACAAAACAGUGUUGUAGUUGCAUGCAUAAGAACUUGUCAGUAGAGUGAAUGCUAUAUAUAUAGUUUUUCCUCCUUUAUGGUAAAUAAAAACAUUCAGUAGAGAGUUGUUUUUAAUGAGAGUAUUUUAAUGAGAAUGUUGCUGAUUUUUAGUGUCAUGCUUUUCAUGCUUUGGGUGUUAUGAUUUGCAAUUAGGCUUAAGUUUUUUGUAAUACACAUAAUGCACUAAUAUCCAGCAUACCUUUAAAUGGGCCCUCCUUGCAUAUUGUGAUGUUUCUGCUGUUGAAGCAGGAGAGCAAUGGAAGUAGAGUUAACAAAAUUGAGAAGAGGAAUGUUCAAAAUCUGGACUUCGUCUCUUUGUUUUACCAUCCACAUUUCUUAAAUAUCCCAUCCCCAUGGCAUUCAACUUUCUUUUAUGACCCCCUGCUCCAUAUACUUUAAACUUUUUUGAAAAAAAAUCCUUUGCUGCAAAAGGUUACAUCCUGCCCAUUCACUAUAUUUGCAGUUCUUAACAUUUUUUCUAUCCAUUUUCCCAUCUAUAGUAAACAUUUGACUAAAGAACAAAUUCAUCUACUUGCUCUAAUUUUUUGACAUUUAUAUAUAACUUGCAAUGGUUCACUGCAUUUUCCCUGUCAAAGACAUCUAAACAAGCAGAUUCAACAAACUCUUAUGUUCACCUUCCAUUCAUUCUGUUGGACGGUGUUCUCAUUUUUUUUUCAUAAGAGAUUCUUACAUCUUUUUCUGAAGUUAUCCUACUUCCACUCUCAUUUCUAUCACUUUCUUCCAUAUCCAUUUCCCCCAAGAUCCAUUCUGAUACUACCAAAAAAUGCCCUACAUUCAGAACUCUUGUAGCUGUCACUAAUAUUCUGUGUUUCAUCAUAAACAAAUAAUCAUGUUUUUACUUUUAGUUUUGAUAUGUGUAUAUGUGAAUAGACUUAUGCUUAAACCAUGUAUUCAAACCAGAUUUCUUGCUAAGCAGAUACUCAUCAGUCACCAUUUUCCUUCAUUUUUGGGUCUCCAGAUGGACUGUUCUGGCUUAUCUCAUUCCUAACCAUUCAUGCAUAUUAUCUAACAGAAUAACUUUUCCCCUGGAUUACAUUUGUUCAGAAUGUUGCAGGCUUUCUUUUCCAGAACUUAUAUCAGAUUCUUCCAUUAUCACCAUUUAUUGGAUCAUAGCAUGCAGUUAUCACUAAUUUAUGGAUUCCUACUUUCAUACACCUCCACAACAACCUAGGUACACUGGUACACUGUCAUACUUUCUGACAUACCUUUAAAUCCUUUUAUUCAUAAUUAUAUCUAUACCUUCACUUUCUUGCAUAUAUUCAUAAUCUCCACAAGAUCAUGCUACCAAAAUUCAUAUUUAUUACAUCCUUCCUCUUUCUCUUGGUUUUGCAGCUACAGGAACUAUCUGUUUUUCUUUCAUUUCAUCUGUUAAUUCAUGCUCUUGACCAUUUACUCCUCUCACAUUCCAAGUCUCACUCUUCCAUAUGGCAUGGUCAACAUCAGAUGGGCUUACAGAUAAUGAUCUCCUUUGCCCAUCAUGGCUUUGGUAUACUGAAGCUUUCACAUAAUGCUUUGUAGUAAGACAGAAAAGGUGUAGAGUGAGUUACCAGCCUUAAUCAUAUUCAUGCCACAUUUAGCAUUCCUUUGUAAUGGUAAGAACAGUACUGGUCAGUCCUCGCAUGUUUUGGUCAAAGUACAACUAAAGUCUAGUUUUGCCCAAUGUAUACCCAGACUAUUCUGUGCAAGAUAUAACUGCUAAUCUAGGGCUCCCUUUCAAGACAACAUACUCUGGCCCACCUCGCAUCAUCAGCUAGGAGUUAUGUGCAAUGUACCGACACACUGAGGCUGCCUAGAACUGUAAAACCUUACAGAAAGUGGAAUCGUGAACCAUGAGUAAAAAAAUACCUUUGGAAAAUAUAACUAACAAUAGACAGUUUUGCAACAAAUUAAAUCUAUUCAUGUCAGAAGAGUAGCUGUAUUAAUUUAUCCUUGGAGAAACAUCCAAGCCUUUUAUACCUUAAACAUAACAUUUAUCAUCAAGUAGCGCUUAGUUUGUGCUUGUGAUCACCAGGUUAGCCUAGGAGGUUGGUGUCAGUGGGAGGACAUAAAUGUGGAAUCCAUGAACUUACAAUAAAGUGCC